AUGGGAUCACAGCAAGCUAUAUUUGCCUCCGUAGCAAAUCUAGUUUUAGGUGGUAAUGAAGACGAUUCAAGAGAUUUUGAGGAAGAAGGGAUACUAAAAGAGCUUAAAAACGAGUCAAACUUGGAAGAAGCUAAGAAAUUUAGAAUUAAAAACUCAAUAGUCAAGCAGGAAGCAGAUGGGUCAAAUCCAAAGCUAUAUAGCAUUUGAUCUACUUCUCCAGAAAAUCUUGGAAAAUAUGGUGUUGGACUUGAGCUAUAUUUUCGCUUUAUAAAACAGAUGGCUAUUUUAUUUUUUAUAGCAGCUUGCUUAAGUAUUUAUCCUGCUUACACAAAUUCAACUGGGAGCAUAAUUGCAGAUGGUGAAAGCCAAAGUGGAUCAAGGUAUACAUUGGCAAAUCCUUAUUGGUUUGAAAGAGAUAAAGAUGAAUUUUUGGAUACUCAAAUAUCAGAAAAUGAUAAAGAUUAUCUCCCAUGGAAAAGUGAUACUGAAAAAGAAGAAUGAAAAGAGAGCACUCUCGACCGAGCUGACGAAAAUUAUAAAGAAAUUUGAAUCAUUGACGCUAUUUAUUCAUCAAUUUUUUUGAUAGGAAUAAUCGUUAUCCUUAUUAUCAAUAAAAUAAAAAUUCAUGACGUUACAUCUGGAGAAAAUAGAGUUUCCGACUAUUCUAUUGAGGUUGCUGGAUUUCCCAACGAAAAUAUUGAUAAGGAAGAAGUAAUAAACCACUUUAGCUGUUUCGGCGAAAUAAUGGACGUUUAUUUAGGUAGAUCUUAUGGAGACCUAUUAUAUUUCUAUAAAGAAAAAGCCACAGUUUUAAAAGAAAUUAGAACUCAAAAAAUAUUUUUAGGAGGCAAUUGGUCAAGCACAGGUAGCAACCCUACACCCCCACCCCCCUAAAAAGUGGUACUCCCCCACCAACCCCCUUUUUUAAAUGGUACCCCCCACCCCCCCGCCCCCCCUAAAAAAAUGGCACCCACCCCCCCUUUCACAGAUGGCACCCCCACCCCCAUCCCCCUUAAUAUAGCAUAAAAUAUAUGAAAAAUGCCAGUUUAGAGCAGACGUAAUAAAUAAAUUAUUAUUUUAAAUAUUCAAAAUUACUGAUUUAUACAAUAUUCACAUAGCGUAGCACAAUCGAUUAAGGAGUAGAUGGAAUGGGGGUGAGAAUUUCCUAUAACUAGUAAGCUCACCAAAUCUGAAAAAAUUGUUAGCAAGUUAAUAAAGAUCUUUGAUAUUUAUUAGCAAUAUAUCCUGCAUAUAUUUAUGAACUUUGUGGAACAAUGGCUAAAAGUCGAAUUAGAGAUCUAAAAGUAAAACUGACAAUAGCAAAUGCUAUUUUUAUUGCCACUAUGAAUCCUGUUACCAAUUCAGUCCUGCAAUCUUUGCACAAUGGUAAUCAGAUUAGCUUUAAUUUAUGAAUCCAUAAAUUUAAUGCAAGUUAUUCUAUUGUGCUAAUUUAAUAAUUAAUGCCAUUAUCUAUAUCUUUGGCUUUAUAUUUAUAAAUAUAAAAAACAAAUUUAAUAUAUUUUCUAAUUAAUUGCUAAUUAAUUUAAAUUUAUUAAUUAAUCAUAAAUAUAAAGUAAUUUGUGGACUUAAUUUAAAAAUAUAGUGUUUUUAAUGGGUUAUGUUUAAUUUAUUCUGCUUAUUUCCUAUCAAAUACUUCUAUAGGAUAAAACCGAGAGGAGUGGGUGGGGGUGCCAUCUGUGAAGGGGGGUGGGGGUGUAGGGUUGCGACCUAUGCUUGACCAGGCAAUCCUGAAAUGGAGUCAAAUAAUAAAAAAUUAAUAAAGCUUCAAAAUAAACUUUCCAAGCUUGAUGAAAAUAUAACAAUUUCUGACAAUAAAAAAUUCCACAAUGAGCUCCCUGUGCAUAGAGUUUAUAUUAUUUUUAAUUCUAAAGAAUCCCGGGCAAAAGCAUUUACAAGAUAUAGAAAAGGAUUUUUUGGUUGGAGGCACAAUAAGAGCUCAAAAUUAAAAUUCAGAGGGAAAUAUCAAUUAAAAGUGUACCCAAGCUCUGAGCCAUCAGAUAUUAUGUGGGAAAACUUAGAAAUAAAGCGCCUUGAAAGGAGGUCGAGGAUAAUUUUAUCGGUUAUUAUAACUAUUAUUAUGAUGUGUGUGUCUGUUGCAUUAAUAUUUAUAAUGAGACGAGGGUCUAAGAAUGUGUUUGACUCAUAUAAGUGUUUGGAGUAUAAUAAAAAAGAAUUGGGGAAAAGAUCCUUACAUGAAAUUAUAGAAGAAACCGAAUCAGACCCUCAUGGCAGCAAAAGGGCCUGCUGAUGUAGCCUGCAAUCUGCAGAAGAUUGAGCUCAAAAGCCAGAAAUUAGAUCAAUAUGUAUGAAUUAUGUGUAUACGCGGCUGUCCUCGGCUACGGUUAAUUUUGCGAUCUGUUUUUGCAUUGUGGUUACUAAUUUUAUCCUGAGACAUCUCCUCACAAUUUUGUCAGAUUUUGAAAGACGAAAAAGCUAUAAUCUUAAACAAACCCACACAAUGCUCAAAAUCUUUGUAGCAAUGCUAUUUAACACCAUUCUAGCUCCGAUUUUAGUCCAUAUAAAAUAUACAGAUGAAAAAAAUGUUGAUGAACUAGUUGAAGGCAAUUUUAGUGAUUUUUCGAAGUGGUGGUAUUUAAGGGUUGGCUCAAUGUUUUUUAUUAUGAUGUGCAUUAGUAUUGUUUCUCCUCAUUUUCUUUUUAACUUUUUGGUGUUUUAUAUGAGAGGAUUAUGAAGGCGACUUAAUAGCUAUAAGCUGUAUAAGACACAAUAUGAAAUGCAUAACGCAUUUAUUGGUCCUGUGUUUUUGAUAGCUGCAAGGACUUCUAUGAUUUUAACAACGAUAUUCACUUGUUUUAUUUUUUCAGGAGGGGUUCCGCUGCUUAACGUAAUUGGAUUUUUGGCUUUAUUUGUGAUAUAUUGGACUGAUAAAUUUUUAAUCCUUAGGCAUUACAGAAAGCCACCACCAUAUAAUCAUCAUAUAUAUAGUAGCGCCAUUAAAGCAAUGCCGCUUUGUGUAUUCUUUCAUUCUUGUGUUUCUCUUUAUGCUUACGGAUGCCCAAAUGUUUUUCCUAAAGACUUUAUAGAAAGAAUAGAAACCUUUGUUUAUAAAAAUAAUACAAGAAUUGAUAUAAAUUAUCUGGAUUAUAAAGUUCAAGAUCUUGAAGAUAGAAUUAUUAUGGACCAUGGCAUUGUUUUUUUAACAUUAGCCAUUUUAAGCUUCAUAUUAUUCUUGCUAUUUGAGUUUUCAGAAAAAAUAACCAGAGAGAUAAAGAGGAAACUUUUGCUUAAAGACCAUCCAGAAACAAAAAAGUUUAGUGAAAUUGAAGACGAAAUGAUAGAUUAUGCAUUAACACGGUAUGAUUUAGAACUGAAUCCGAAUUAUUCGUAUUUAAUUGCCUCAAUGAAUCAAGAUGUAGAAGAAGGAAGAUGCGUGCUGGAAAGAUUGAAACAUUUAGAGCAUCCAAGGGCAUCUGAAAAUGGAUGUAAAAGGAACAAAAUUAAUUAUUUGACUAUUGUAUGAACUUAAGCCUUAUAAUUUUUAUUUUUUCUUAUAAAUCAGACAUUGAUUAUGAAGUGAUAAAAUUGAUAAAGAUUUUUUUAAAAUUAUAUGGUAUACAUCUUUGCCAGAUGAAUCUCAGAGAUUCACUGGUAAAGUAAAUUUUAUUAAUACAAACCCUAUCGGAUUAAAUGAGCAGAUUUCUGCUGUGUCCUCAGGCCCAGCAUCUCGAGCUCCUACUAUUCAGUCAAAACCGCCAUCUAUAAAUUUAAAUUUUGAGCAACGCGCUGAUUCAAACGAUAAAGACGCAACAAGUACAAGUCCAUAUAGAAGAGCUCCUAAAUUUGAAGUGCAAAACACAUCCCUGAAAUCGUAUUCAUCUGAUGGUUCUGAAGAUUCGAGUAGCGGGAUGCAAGAGUAG